GCCACUAGAGCAUAUUGUCACGGAUCUGCGAUUGCUUUCUCGGAUUACUGCCCUCAUAUGUCCAAGGAAAUGUCAGUAGAGAAGUCAAUUGGUUUAUUGGGCCAUUGUAUCGGCAUUUUUUAUACUGUGCCAAGUACUAUGGUCAAGUACUUUGGUUCUGUGAUGAUAGAUAUCAACGAAGUAUAUAUUGUCGGCGUGAUGUCUGUUCCAUAUGACAUUAUGUUCCAAAUAUGUUGGGUCCAUGACGAUACCAUGGAUGUUAGUGUGGUAUAGAGGGACAGAGUAAUGUUUGUUUUAUGGUAUUAUAUUCCAAGCUUGUUAGUUCUGGGACGAUAGAUGUCCACGGUCCACGGAGUAUAUAAUGGGAUGUUGAGGAUAAAUUAGGAAGAGAAAGAGUUGGAGAAGGGAAGAGGAAUGUGUCUACUUAUAUGUCCUUGAAGUAUGAGUUAGUGAGGUUGAGAAGUGACUGGCUCAUCGAUAGAUAAUGAACGCUUCGUGCUGUCAUGAUACUGAAUGCCACCAUGAAUGAG